UGGAACGCAGAUCAGCGCUGCAAGCUGACGUCACGCGCUGCGACGGAAGUAUUGGAAGUAGUGAGGCUGUGCUUCUUCCAUGCUGGUUGGUGAUUGUAUGUGGACAGGCAACACAGCAAGGCAAAAUGUCUGCAGCUUUCAGGAAAGCGUUGAAGUCCCGGCAAAAGAACCAUAAAGAGAGAUCUCAGCCUGGCUUCCGCAGAAAUUUGGGGCUUUUGGAGAAGAAGAAAGAUUACAAGCUCCGUGCUGAGGAUUUUAAGAAGAAAAGAAACACACUCAAUGCCUUGCGCAAGAAAGCCCUUGAAAAGAAUCCAGAUGAAUUCUACUUUAAAAUGACAUCCUCACAAUUGAAGGAUGGGGCCCAUGUGAUAAAACAGAAGUCAGAAGAAGUCACUGAUGAACAGCUUAAAAUUAUGAGGACGCAAGACAUUAAGUAUGUUGAGAUGAAAAGAGUAUCAGAAGCCAAGAAAAUUGAGCGUCUGAAGUCUGAGCUCCAUCUGCUGGACGCUGAAGGAAAACCUUUGAACAAACAUACAUUUUUUUUGGACACCAAGAAAGAAGUGCGAAACUUUGACUUGGCAGCUCAACUAAACACAGCCCCUGAAUUGGUGAACAGAGUUUAUAACAGACCAACGCUGGAAACAUUACGCAAGCAGACAGUGAAGGGACUGGAAAACUCCAAACAGUUAAAAAAUCUGGCUAAACAGAGGCAGCAACAAUACUCCCUUCUUAACCAAAGAAUAGAACGAGAACAAAAAAUGUUUGUGGUUUCUCAGAAAAUACAGAGCCGGAAAGAUCUGCUGGACAAAAGACAUAAAGUGAAAGUGAAGAAAGAAACUGUAAAUUCUGCAGCAAUAUACAAGUUUAAAAAGCAGAGAAAACGAUAAGAUCAAGAAAGAACGCUGUUUGCUAUUGAAGAGAUGAAUGACGUCUUCGUAGGAAUGCAUGUUUUUCAUUUGUGUCAAAAAAUAUUGUUGCUAUCAUCUGUACAGAAGAUAUAUACAAUAAAAGAUCAUAGGUAAAUUUACAGCACAGCA